AAUUAAAUUUUAAGCCGAGUUAAACGUCAAAUCCAUUCCAUGUUCAGUUUCUCACAAUCUUUGAGAGGUUGCAGUGUAAGUGUUUCACAGUUAAAUCUUUGACUCUUUUCUCGAAAGCACCAGAUUCUAGCUAAAGCUUCUUUUUUGGCUUAUUUUUGCUUAUUUUUUGUUUUACGAUGUUGAUCAACGAACUUGCCGAUGAUUGUUUACUCCCCAUUUUUGAUUUUGUGAAUGACUUGGAUGAUUUAAUAAACUGUUACAAAGUUUGUGUUAGAUGGAGCAAUUUAAUUGCUAAGCGAACUAGAAAAGUUAAAUAUUUGCUGGAGGUGCCCUAUGACCCUAAUGAUCAUUGUAGCGAAGACGGUUCUGAUUGUUCUGAUUCGUAUCUUUGUCCAUUUGAUUGUGUUUAUUAUCAAGGAGGAACCCCAAUUGAUGAAACCUGUUUAAGCACAUUAUUUCCAAAGUUAAUAAUUUUGGAAUUUACAACUAUAUUGCGAAAAAAAGUAAAAAAAAUGGAUAUUGUUUCAUUUGUAAGAAAUCAUGAAUCUUUAAAAGGAGUUAUCGAUAAAAAUGGCGAUCCAACAAAAUAUUGUGAUAAACUCGAAAUGCUAUUUUCCUGUUCUUUCGAUUCGAGCAAAAUACCAAAUGGUUCCAGUAUGAAACAAUUGAACACUGCUGGUGCUUCUCUAGAGGCUGUCAAAAGAUAUGCUCACGAUUUCCCUAAUCUUGAAAUGCUACGAAUGUCUUUUUGUACGAAUGGCAAUUACGAUAUAUUACGAGUCCCAGUAUUUGAAAAGCUUAAAAUACUUGUACUGCAUUCAGUAGAUGGAAAAAAUGUUUUUUAUGGUUUCCAGUUGAUGGAUUCAUGUCCGAAUUUACAGAGUGCCUUCAUUAACAUGCAAACUAAUCGCUUUUUUGUUGAUGAAACAUUAAAACAUGAAUGUUUGCAAGAUUUAGUUAUAGGAGUCUAUACGAAUGCCCAAUUUAACUGGAAUGAUUUAAAAAGAUUGUUAAUGAAAUAUCCGAAUCUCAAACAUCUUUCGUUGAGGAAUAUACACUGCAUGAAAGAUGAACAUGUCGUCAAAUUGGUUCGUAUUUUACCCAAUUUAGUGCUACUUAAUAUUGCUAAUUGGCCUAGAAUCAGUAAAAGAGCUGUUGAUAUCGUUGAUGAUUAUUGUAAAAGAAAUGGACGAUCAAUCAAAUGUUACGUCGACCUGGAUCGCGAUAAAGUUAAAUCAGAUUGGCCUCAGUUAUCAACUAAAGAAGAAACAAUAAGCCGAGGCUUUGAUUUCAUGAAACAUUGCUUUCUUAAGGAUAUUUAUGAACUUCCACAUUUCUUGGUUCCUAUUGAACUGUAAGAGCGAAAUGGGCGAUGAAUUUGAGGGUUGUAAUGGUGAUUCUGGAAAAGCAGUCUAUUUGAUGAAGUAGAUUUAUUUGUGUCACAUGAGAAAGGGCUUUUCCUUUCCGUCGAAAUGUACUGUUAAAAAAUCAACAUUAAAUUUUUCAAUUAAAUGAAAAUUUCAAUUCAGUCUGUA